AUGAUCCGACCCUUUCGUUCCAGAAUCUUUCGCCUUGUUGAAUAUGAUCCAAUUGAAUGGCAUGAACGGAGAAACAAUCCAUGCUGCUGCAGGGUGUUUGACGUCCUGAAUCAUAGUAGUAGCAGCAUAAAACUUGAUCCUAAAUUUGAGAUUCCUCUACCUGGUCCUAAAUCAUUAAAGGGUAGAGAACUUUAUAUUGAAGUACUUCCUUGUAAUGGUCUUUUUUACUUGAGUGAUCCAGAGUAUAGAAACAGUUCACUUGUUUGCAACCCAAUAACAGGUGAGUUCAUAAGGCUUCCAAAAAUCCCUCCAGUCCAGAAACACUGCAAGCAAAUACAUUGGGGUUUUGGUUUCCACCCAAAAACAAACCAAUACAAGCUAGUGAGAAUACAUAUCUUUGAAGAUCAUAGUAUGGUUUUUGAAAUGCACACAGUUGGAAUAUCGACAUGGAUAAAUAUUGAGAUAGAUUAUCCCAAGAAUUUGAUAAAUUUGUGUGAGAUUGGUACUUAUUUAAACGGGGCACUUCAUUGGAUUGGUUUAGAUGUUGAUGGAAAUGUCUCGAUAUGGGCCUUCAAUUUCGACACGGAGAAGUUUCAAACCUUCUCUAUGGCGCCCAGGGAUCCAGGUACAAAACUCAUCUUAUUUGAAUUCAGGAAUUCUCUUUGCUUGAUAUAUUUUAAUAAGCUGCUUGGCACAAUGUGGAGGAUGGAAAGAUAUGGAGUUGGAGAAUCUUGGACUCCUAUUUUCCAGCAUUCUGCAAGUUCCGACAGUACAUAUCAAUUACAUGAUUGCAUUGCCUACCAUGAUCCUGAAAAUCAAGAGUUUAGGAUUUUGUUGACUACUCCGUGGUAUGAUGACCAUUUUCAAAUAGUUCACCAUGUUCCGUCUCUCAUUCGAUUGAAGGAUAUUAUCAUCGGAGAUAAUGUUUUGGUGCAGAAUAUUUAUUCAUGA